AUGCCAAACGUGUUCAAAGACACCGCCUCGUACGCUCAAUCGCAAUUAGACCCAGAAAUUCCUCGUCCAGUGACAGAAUACACGAUUCACGUCACAAUUAGAAGUAUGCAAUGCGGUGCAUUCAUCGGAUCAAUUCUCGGACCGAUGGCCGUUUUGUUGACUCAAAAAGAGAGAAACAGACAGAAAUAUGUUGACUCAUUCACUCGUGGCGGUCAAGCCGGCGCGUUGGUCGGCGCCGCGAUGGGACCAUUUCUCACUUAUUUGGAUCUCCGCGGAUUGUGUGAUCUCGUUCUCUACGGAAAAUGCUAUAGUUUGAAAUUCGACGAAGACGCUCUCCGCCGUGACCGUGCGGCCGUCUUCUCCGGAGCCAUCGGCCUUUUGAGCUCCGGAGCUCCCGGAUUUAUUUUGGGACUCGACGUCUCCUUCGUCUUCAGCAAAAUGAUCAAUUUCUUCCGCUCCACCGACUAG